CCAAACUCGAAAGACGCACAAUUGGAUCCUUCCCGCGAACGCACGACGACGAUGAGCUUAAAGUCCGGUACGCACAACAAGCCAAAGGCCGCGAUGACGAUCAUGGAGAAGCGCCUGCCGCAGAACCCAAAGUACAAGGACACCCAGAGCAAGUUGGACACUGGCAGCACCGUCAACAAAGUGCGCUUGAUUUCGAGCAAGGAGUUCCUGAAACGCCGCGACGAAACAUUCCGCCGUGUGACGCCUCGAUGCCUGGCGGAACUGUUUGCCGAGUACGAGGACACGGGCAAGGGCGAUGCCGCGGCACCAGAAAUGGUCGCGCGCAUGGUCAAGAAUGCUGACGGCGAGUUUGUCAUGGAGCGACAAGUGUCCGAUGACAACCAAGAGCAUGCAGGGCCACGUGUUGUGAGCUACGACGCCGAGGAAGGCGAGAACUACGACGUCCCGUACUUGAUUCUCGACACGCGUCCGCGGGAAGACUUUACAGAGAACCGCAUCCAUCGAUCCAAGUCGUUUCCCACGGCCUUCCUUUGCCGCGACCAGUUCCUUCCCGAAAUGCACCAAUUCGUACGCCCAAUCUCAACUCGACGUCGUCAUGUCCAUCGCUUCUAUCGUAGAAAAACCACGAAAGCAAACUCAUCGUGCUCUACUGCUUGGACGAGAAGCUGUCGAUUCAAUCAGCCAACCUGCUCGGUCAAAAAGGCUUUGACAACAUCUACGUCCUGUCUGGCGGUCUAAUGGAAUACGCGGCCUUGUACCCGCACCACGUUGAAGGCACGCCACCGCCGCGCCCGAAAGCCCGCGACGCCAAGAAACCCGCGCGGGACUUGUACAAGUCCGGCACGGCCCUCAUCGCGUCGUCCGCCAAGAGCGUCGCGGGGUCGACGCGUAAGAAACUCGUUGGGGACGACGAUGUGUCGUCGGUCGCGUCCCACCAGAGCGUGGCCGAGUCGGUCAUUUCCAAAGCCACCCAGCGCAAGUCCAGCGUCAAGCAUGGCGGCAGCGGCAGUCGCGGCGGCAACGCCAACUCGUUUCGAUGAGGAAAUCAAAAGACAUUGCAUUUCC